AUGGCACAAGCAGUAAAAGAUAGUUUCCUGUACUUGGAGAAGUAUCGUCAACAACUUGAGGAUAACAUCGCAAAAUUACGAAAAUCACUGCAGCACUGGCAAACUUGGGAUGCUGAAUAUGAUGGCUUGAAAGAAGAAAUUCUCUCAGCAGAUCAUACCCCAAAUCGCGAUAAGCUCAUAUCGAUCGCACGAAAUUACGAAGCAGACUUGGUCAAAGGUAAAGAGAUCGAAGAAAUACUCGGCACCGGCACUCAGAGAACGGCUGAACAAGUUGUGAAUUUGUUGGAUCGGAGAUUGGAUUAUGUUCAGCAAAACAUCAACACAAUCAAGAAGCAGAUCGAAACGGCAGAGGAGAAAUUGGCAAAAGCUACUAUCAUUAGUACUCCGGACGUAAGAAAUGAGGAGGGGCUUCCUGUAACGGAAAUCAUUGAAGAGUUGGAUGAUGAGGGGAAUGUCAUUUCUUCGAGAUUAUCAAUGCCUGGAGAUGUAAAGCCACAAUUGUUGGAAGUAUUACACAAGGCUGGAAUAAUUGAACCGGUAUCAAAGGAUGAAGUUCAUGCUGCAGAGGAGGUCGAUGAUGAUGCGCCAUCUAGAAAAGCUUCAACACAAGUCGAUACUGUUUCCCCACCGACGGAAAUGAAGACGGUCGACACAAGACCCAAACCAUCCGCCACAUCUCCAAAGCCUGUACAAAAGAGCGUGAAGUUUACAAACGAUACAAAGAUAGAGCCCGUGGAAUCGAAACCAGCAAUAUCCCCUGCUGCAAAGCGCCUCGAAGAGCUUAUGCGAUCUGCCAAAGAAUCGGAGAAACUUUCAUCUGAGCCCGCCAUCAUACCUACCGAUGAAUCUCCGGAAGAUGCAGCUCUAAGGCGAGAUAUGUUACAAUAUGGAAUUUCGGAAGUCGGAUCUGUGGUGGCAGAAAUAAAUCUAGAAGAUGGCAGUGACUGGGAAUCUGAAGACUAUGCAGACGAUUCUGAUAGUGAUGACGAUGAGGAUCAAUUUGGCAAAUCGACCCGUCCAGUUGUGGAUGAUGAACUUCGUCAGCGUAUGAUCGAACUCGAAGAAAAACUUGGUGUUAGGAUGAUGGAGAAUGUUGGAAAGAAUCCAGAUGAUUAUGGUAUGGUCCAAGAAGGAAUUGGACGCAUAUCUAUCAGUGGUAAAGAUACGCAGGAUGCUGGCAAGGGAAUUCUUACAACAUCUAGCAAGGAGAAGUUGAAGGACUCAAACACUGUCAAAUCUUCUACUACCGAUGACUCUUCAAAGAAGAGCGUCAGAUUUGCAGAGGAACUAGAUAUUUCACCUGCUCCUGAGACGCCUAUUGCCUCCGCCACAAACACGGAGACUAAGGCUGCUCCAGUUGGAGAUAUCAUUGAGAGAAAAGCUCCAGGUCAAUCUUCUUCCGCACCUCCAGUACAAAAGAAGGGUUCCCGUUUCAAGACCUCUCGAACUCCGAUGAAUAAUGGUGCUAACGGUGUUUCGAAUGCCACCUCGAUUACCACAAAUCCUUCGCAUCUCAAAUUAUUUCCUGCCACUCCAGCUACUCCCAAGCCCUUUUCCCAACCGAUUCCUUUUGCACCGGCGAUUGAAAACCCUCGUCCAGUUCCGACUGGUCCUGCAAACCGCACACUUGCACCCAAAAUAAUCGAACGGGAGGUACAGCUCAACACUAAUGCAGCCGCACCUGAUGAGUUCGAUCCGCAGUUAUUACACCAAGAAGUUGCGACUGAAUAUCAUCGAAUGAGGAACAAGAUGAUUGGCAAACAAGGUGGCUUCGCUCGGGAGGAAGAGAGUGAAAUCGUGCCAUUUACGGAAGAAGAAGGAGGUCCAAAGAAAGUUAGUAGGUUUAAGGCAGCGAGGUUAGCGAAAUCUUGA